AUGGAUUUCCAAACCAAAGCCAUGGAAUCCAUCAAGAAAUAUCUGGGCAUCGCCGCCACCGCCAUGCUCGCCCGCACCAUCAUCAACGAAUACCUCCCCAACGAACUUCGCUUCCUCAUCCACUCCGCCUUCAACAAGCUCUUCGGCCGCUUCUCCACCAAUCAAACCAUCCUCAUCCAUAAAACCGAAGGCCUAACCUCCAACAAACUCUACGAAGCAUCAAGCAUUUACCUUUGCACCCGAAUUUCCCCCAACAUGCGCCGAUUCAGAGUUAGUAAGAGUGACAACAAUAACAACAUAACUCUCUCGCUCGUCGACGGCGAAGAGCUCAUCGACGCCUUCCAAGGGAUUAAGUACAAAUGGAAGUUGAUAAGCAAGCAGAAGAAUCAAAGUGCGAAUCGCGAUGGGGAUUUCAGUUUAUCCAGUGAAGUCCGCUACGAGCUCACCUUCCAUAAGAAAUAUAAUUACGUUACGUUGGAUUCAUACCUUCCUCAUAUUCUGGAAAAGGCGAAGGAGAUCAAAUCAGCUGAUAGAAUGUUGAAGCUUUACAUGAAUGAGCAUGACGGCUGGAAGCAAAUUGACCUGCAGCAUCCAGCAACAUUCGAGACGCUGGCAAUGGAAGCAGACCUCAAGAAAACAAUUCUUGAAGAUUUAACGAGAUUUGUUGAGAGGAAAGAGUAUUAUAAAAAGAUCGGAAAGGCGUGGAAACGUGGGUACCUACUUUUCGGACCUCCUGGAACGGGCAAAUCGACCUUUAUUUCCGCCAUGGCGAAUUACCUCAGAUAUGAUAUCUAUGAUUUGAACCUUAUGGAGGUUCGAAAGAACUCUGGGCUUAAGAGGCUGCUUGUUGGAAUGAAGAACAAAUCAAUGCUUGUUAUAGAAGAUAUUGACUGUGCCAUUGAUUUUAAGAACAGGGAUAAUGAUAAAAAGAAUCAAAGCAACCAGUCUCAUAAUGAUGAGAUAAGCCUUUCUGGAUUGCUGAACUUCAUUGAUGGGCUGUGGUCGACAAGCGGCGAGGAGAGGAUCGUCGUGUUUACAACUAAUUUUAAGGAAAAGCUUGAUCCUGCAUUGCUGAGACCUGGAAGGAUGGAUAUGCAUAUACAUAUGGGUUACUGUGGGCCAAAUAGUUUCAGGAUUUUAGUAUCUAAUUACCAUGCCAUUGAUGAGCAUCCCAUGUUUGAGGAGAUUGAAGGGUUGUUGAAAGAGGUGGAGGCCACGCCGGCUGAAGUUGCAGAGCAGUUGCUGAGAAGUGAUAAUGUUGAUGUUGCUUUGGAUGGUCUGAUACAGUUGCUAGUGGAGAAGAAGGAAGAAGAAGGAUUGGAGAGCAGUGCAGAGGAUCAUGAAACUGAUCAAGUAGUUGUUGGAGCUGUUAAUUGCUGA